GGAGCUUUGACAAAGCUGUUGAGAUCGCUCUCUUAAACGAAAGAAGAACAAACUGUGUGAUUGUGUUCAGAAUUCAUAUUCCAUUCCGAUUUCGAAACCAUGACGCUUAAUCCAACACUCUCACCACACAUCAGGAACUGUGGUGUUGUUUAAUGAGUGGUGGAAAAUGCAGCGUGCUCCGGUGACGGUUGAGGAACUGUUGUUGGAAAAAGCGAUUAAGGAUGAAUGCCAAUGGGAGAAUCUUCCUAGGCGACUUCAACAAACGGUUCCUUCCAGAGAAGAAUGGGUCGCAAGGACAAUUGAAUACUGCGUAAAGAAGAGACUUCAAUGGAAUAGUUGUUUUGCUCGUAAAUUUUGUAAAGAAAGCGAGUAUUAUGAAAAUAUGAUGCGCUACUUGCGGAAGAAUCUAGCUCUAUUUCCUUAUCAUUUGGCGGAUUAUGUUUGCCGUGUAAUGAGAGUAUCACCUUUCAGAUAUUACUGCGAUAUGAUUUUUGAAGUAAUGAAAAAUGAGCAACCUUAUGACAGCAUCCCAAAUUUUAGUGCUGCAGAUGCUUUAAGACUUACAGGAAUUGGGAGAAAUGAAUUUAUUGAUAUAAUGAAUAAGUGCAGAUCUAAGAAAAUAAUGUGGAAACUGAACAAGUCAAUAGCAAAAGAACUUUUGCCUACUCAACCUGUGGAUUUUCCAAUUGAACCCUGGUGGGGAGUUUGUCUUGUGAACUUUACCUUGGAGGAAUUUAAGAAACUCUCAAAUGAAGAAACGGCCAUAGUAGACAAAGUCUGUAGUAAGGAGGAAGCAAAUUCAUUUGUCAUGUUUGAUCCUGAUAUCAUUAGGAGUUUUUGCAGACGAGGACUGAUCUAUUUUGAAGUUCCUUUAUAUCCUGAUGACCGGUUUAAAGUUUCCAGGCUUGAAGGUUUUGUUUCCAACAGGGAGCAGUCUUAUGAAGAUCCUAUUGAAGAGCUGCUGUAUGCAGUUUUUGUAGUCUCAAAUGAAAAUGCAACUGUUAGUGAGUUGGCAACAACUCUACAGGCUGACUUGUCACAAUUACAGGCUGCUGCUUCUUUUGUGUGUCGUUUGGGAUGGGCGACAAAAGUGAUUGAUCCAGAAUCUAUUUUUGGAGAUUCAAUUGUACCAAUGUCUCCUAGAAGUACAGUCAGUGACGAAGAUGCUUCUGUUGCUAGUCAGGGUUCUGAGAAUAUAUUUGUUGAUAAUGACUCCACUCAACAAGGAGAAAUUUCAGCUUCAGGAAACUAUGGUCCUCAUUCUUCCUAUACCCGUGUUGCUUUCAUAGUUGAUGCUAAUAUUACGUCCUAUCUUAUGAUGGGAUCUGUUUCACCAGGCCUGAAAACUCAUGCCGUUACACUCUACGAAGCGGGGAAACUGGGUCAUGCCAGCAUUGCUGAGCUGUGCAAGGAUCUUAGCACCCUGGAGGGUGCAACAUUUGAGGGAGAACUACAGGAAUUUGCAAAUCAUGCCUAUAGUUUGCGUUGUGUGUUAGAAUGUCUGCAAUCAGGUGGAAUACCUGCCGAUAAAAAAGAAGAGGGAGAGUUAGAUCAACUGGGUAUGACUACCUCAAGCAAUGAUAAUUCAAGUUCUGUGAUAGCUGAGCCUGAAAUCUCUUUGGCUGAAACAUCAAGAGACUCUGGUGUUACAGAAGCUGAAAUAAAUGCUGAUAACUUUGAAAAUUUUGAAUCAGAGAAGAAUGUAGUAGAGGCUUCUGUUCACUCAGAACUUAUUCCUAGUAGUAUGGGUGAUGGAGUCCAUUCUAUUACUUUGGAAGAUGGAAGUAAUCACAUUCAGAAAGUGGAUGAGUCAGACACAAAUUUCGAUGCCAAUGAGAAACUAGUAGGAGUUGAAGAGUCAGAUGUUGGAACAGAAUUGCAAAAGAAGAAAAGGAAAUAUCGUGUAGAUAUUCUCCGGUCUGAAAGCCUGGCUUCUCUUGCACCGGCAACUCUUAACCGUUUGUUUCUUCGUGACUAUGAUAUACUUGUGUCCAUAGUGCCUCUUUCCCAUUCCUCAAUUCUUCCUAGACCUACAGGACCAGUUCAUUUUGGUCCUCCCACAUAUUCUUCUAUGAGUCCUUGGAUGAAACUAGUAUUAUACUCUACUGCAGCUAGUGGGCCUCUGUCAGUUGUUCUGAUGAAAGGACAGUGUAUGCGCUUGCUUCCUGCUCCAUUGGCUGGUUGUGAGAAAGCCCUUAUAUGGUCUUGGGAUGGUACCACAAUAGGAGGGUUGGGAAGGAAAUUUGAAGGAAAUUUAGUAAAGGGGAGUAUACUCUUGCAUUGUUUAAAUUCACUUCUUAAACAUUCUGCUGCAUUGGUCCUGCCUCUCAGUAAGUACGAUCUUAAUAAAUCUGGAAAAGCAACUACUUUGGAUAUCCCUUUGCCCUUAAAGAAUGCAGAUGGGACUAUUGCCUCUGUAGGAGAAGAAUUAGGACUUUGUAAAGAGGAAAAUUCUAAACUGAAUUAUCUGUUGACUAAUUUGGCUGAACAAAUGCAGCUGUGGACAGUUGGUUACAUCCGGCUAUUGAAAUUAUUUAAUGGAAAAGAAUCUGAUCAGUUACCUUCUGACGUGAAGUACGAGUGGGUUCCUUUGAGUGUGGAAUUUGGGAUGCCACUAUUUAGUCCAACCUUGUGCAGUAAGAUAUGUAGAAGGAUAGUUUCAUCGGAGAUGCUCCAGUCUGACUCAUUUGUUGAACACCACGAUGCAAUACAAAGCUUAAGGAAGAAGUUGCAUGACAUUUGUGCUGAGUACCAAUCAACAGGUUUCACUGCAAAGCUUCUUUACCAGAAAGAGCAAGCAAAGGAGUCUUUUGGACGGCUUAUGAACCACGCCAGUGGAAAGUGGAAUCCACUUCUAGACCCUUCUUGUCCCAUUUCAGGGGCAUCAAGCGUCCAGCAGAGGUUAAAACUUGCUAAUCGGAAGCACUGCCAAACUGAAGUAUUGAGCUUUGAUGGCAGUGUUCUUAGAUCAUACGCAUUAACUCCAGCUGAUGUAGCUGCCACAAAGGCUGUUAAAGAAGCAACUCAAGUGGAUACAAUGAAAACUGAAGCAGAAGAAAAUGACAGUAAAGAAGCAAUCCUUCCUGGUGUUAAUCUUAUUUUUGAUGGUUCUAAGUUACUUCCAUUUGAUAUAAGUGCUUGCCUCCAGGCUUGCCAACCUAUUUCCCUAAUAACUGAGGCAGCAACUAUCUCAGCAUCUGCAGCUAUGAAAUAGCUCUGCAGUCAUUAUAGAUUACUCCACUUCAAAACUUGGAUACAUGUGAAUGACAAUGCUAAAAAGAUACAUGCCAAUGUUAAUGAAAUUAUGUGGUUUGCAUGCAUCUUCAAGGUUGAUGGUUGUGCACAAAUUUGGGCUCAGGUUGGAGAUAAGGUUCAAUUCUUUUGGUUUUUCCAAAUCAGGAAUCCACAUCAAUUGAAGCUGUGAAAAUAGGAAAUACUUAACCUGAACAAUGAAUAUAUGACGGAAAUUUUAUCUGCUCCUGUCACAUACUUGCAACAGAAAAGACAUCAAGUCACCCGCGGCUCAUACUUGAGGAUAGUGUAGCAAUUGGAAUCUCCUUAUUUUAUUUCAUUCAAUCUCUAUGUAAACUGAUUGUCUUUUUCUUUAGUUGCUUCCUCGUUUAUUGGCCAUGUGUAAUCACAUAGUUCCUUAGGUUAAUUCAUCAACUAGAAUACCUAUGGUAAAGCAGUUUUUAUUUUGUUUAGAUGAAUUUCAUUUGUUACAUACAAACUUUAGCUAGAUGUGGUGAAGAAAUGUUAACUGCAUUCAAGAACUAAAAUUGAAGAAUGUUAUUUGUUCUGUUGAGAAUGCAUUUUAACUGUUCAGUUGCCUCUGCUAGACUCGACACAAAAAUGUUCAAGGAAUAGUCCAUUAUGAAGAAUUACGAAGCUUUAUCAAGCAAACAUUAGACUUUUGAAUCAUCUCUCACAAGCAUCUGUAAACAAAACUUUUGUGCAAAUUUGAGAAUAGCAGGGACAGUGCCCAUUGUGGAUGCAAAAUUCAUCCUAAACUCGACUGCACAUUCAUAUUUUCAAAAUAU